AUGUAUAAGAUUAGAUUGAGGGAUGAUGCCCAAACUUGGGAACACGCCCCACUGCACACACGAGGGGGCCAGUGUACGGAGGGAUUCCACAGGUAUUGUCUUGGAGAGUAUGGAGGGACAACGGGGGCAGUACAAGGCUUCCUUGGUGAAUGGAGUAGGGAUCUUACGGAGAUAACGCGACAGCUGGACUGGGACCAGCUGGGCAAGGAGUCCUCACCGCUCAUAAGAAGAAUAAAGGGAGAAAGGAUUGAUGAAACCGCUUGGAAGGGCCUCUUGACCUGUGUAAUGUCUAAUGCAUUGAAGUUAGAGAGGAUCGAAGUGAGAACUAAUCAAGGGAAAGAAGAAAUCUGGUCUAAGAACAAUUGGACCUCCAUGUUAAAAAACUCAACCGGUAGGGAUUGGGGAAAAACAGACGUAGGUCAGAAGAUGUUGAUGGCUUUGACAUGUCUGAUAACCGUCCUGGUAGGUACCCCAAGGCCCCAAGAAACCGAAGCCAAAAUCGAAAGAUCACCCUGCUCACCAGUAUGGGAGAAGGUGGCGUUAAAGCUGGGGGGGCACUCGCAGCCCAGCGAACCUAAAGAGAUAAAGAACAUAGAAGAAUUUAUGGAAGGAAUAAAUUAUGGUGACCUUCGUGAAGAAGAUCAGAAGAGGAGACUCGGCUUCGUCUUGAGUAUAUAUCAUGGCAUCAACAAAUGUUGCCAGAGCGAGACCCCCUAUGAAUUAAACGGAAUAAUCAGGCAGAAUGGGUGGGAUCUAAAGAAAAUAGGUCAGUGUCACCUGGACGGCCAGGAACUGAAGUGUGACGGAACAGGGGCCCAGGGCGGAGGCCAGGGUCUAAAUAUCUGGACCAAGGGUGGCAAGACGUUAGUAGAAGGGUUACCGAGGAAGAAACCCGCAAAACUCCAAUUGGUGGAACCGGAGACUGGUGAGCAUCUAAGAGUGGGCAACCCAACAACGGAAGUCUCACAAAGGGAGAAAAACUUCGUGACCGAGACGGCAAAGAGGAUGUCGGAAGCACACAGUCUCGCCUCGUCUAGCCCAGUCUUCCUAAGAGGCGAAGCAUCCGGUGAACAGCUAAGAGACGAGACUCUAGAUAGGAGACAACCAACUACGUCACUCCCCAAGGAGAAGAAGCUCAACACUUCCCCAGCAGAUAGAGAACCACUAAGCAAGGAAACUCUUCCAGAUCAAGUAGGAGUUAAGAAAGGAAACUCCCAGACUGGACCAGACCCCCCCGGAAGUCAGGGUUUGCAUAAGGGAAAGAGACCCCACGGACACAGUAAACCAAACCCCCCAAGUAUGACAACCCUUCAGUCAACUACUGAUAGAUCAGACUUGAAUGAAGGAAGCGCCGCCGUCGACGCAGUCACCGCCGAGGACCAAUACAACCAAUUCCCCACGGAGCCCAACAUAUCAAUACAGGGUCUAAUGGGGGGGGUGGUAGGAGGAAUCCUGGCCCUUGCGAUCAACCCAAGACUAAGGAGAAAGAGUGCUAGAUCCUCAGGCAUCGAAGAGCAGGAAACCUUCAUUCAUCUUUCUCUCUUGUUUACCAGAAUAGAGCCCAAGGUUCAGCCGAGGAGUGAAUAG